UUUUUAAAAAAAAGAGCAGGACAACCGUGGAGAAACUGAAUUUCAACAUUUGAUUUCGGUUUUUAUAGUGCAAUAUCACUCAAACGAUCGUCGAAAAUUCAGAUUGAAGCAAUGUAAAUCUGUAUUGAACAGAUCUGGAGCUCCCCCUCAAAUCCAAAAAAAAGGUAUGAACUGAAUUUUUUUUUCAACAAUGAUACACAGCAUUUUUAGUUGCAUUCUGGUUGAUUCAAUGGUGUGCAACAGGCAAUACAUAUGGUAAAAACCAAUAAACAAGAACUGAUUAUGAUUAAGGAAACAAGGGAUACUAAUAACUUUUUUUUUAUUUUUUUUUUGCGUUGGCUUACAGUUGCAUUAUCGUUUGAAAAUGGUUUCGAAAUCAUGAAGAAGUGUUAUAUGACAAGUACCAAGAGCUAGCAUAUAUACAAGGUAAGAUAUAUGUUAAUGGUAGCAAAUUAGUUUUAUAAUAGUUGUAAAUCGAUCUGAUUCGAAUAAACAUGAUGAAAAAUGACAAUGCGUAAUAACUAUGUAAUUUUGGGGAUAUAAUUGUGGUUUUUCAGUUGGUUUACAGUUGCAUAAUCAUUUAAUAAUAGUUUCAUUACGUUUUUUGCAGGAAUUUAUUGUGGAAAAGAUAGAGUACAGAACAGUUUGAGAAAUGGAAUCUGGACAGGAAAUACAAUGCUUGAACAAAGGAACAGAGAUAGUAGAAAGGAAAGACAUUCCAUUCCUAGUCUUCUACAAUGGAAAAUUCGAUGAUCGAAUGAAUUAUGAAAAUUAUGAAGCCAGUGGACACUACAUUUCUGCCAAUUGUAACUAUGAAGAUUUGCAACAGAAACUCAAAGAUGCCCUGGAAUGCAACCAAGAAAACACUGUUUUGCAACUGAAAUAUCAAGUGAAGGAAGGAUACCAACCAUUGAGGAUAAAGGAUGAUCAAAGCCUGCAUUUCUACAUACAACUCAAACUGAAAGACCCCGACUUCACAACAUACCCAAUGUGUGUGAAUGUCAUCAACAACCCAACAACAACCAUCGAUGCAACAUUCUUUGGAAAUGACAAUUCAUUAAUUACACAUAGAAGCGCCUUCCAACCAAUCGAAUACAAUGCAGCAACAACAGAAGACUCAACAAAUCAACAACAUAUAAUUGAAGCAAGAGUACCGGAAUUUGGGGAAGAAAGUUUUGACUUCAUGGACUAUGCAAAACUUGUGGCAGAGGAAAUGGUUGAGCAACUGGAAAACAACAGAAAAAAGGAACCAGAAAUCACAGAUUAUGACGAACUACUAAUCACAGAUCCGCAUCAUCCAGAAAUAGAAGAAGCACAAAUAUACAAAGACAAAGAAACACUGCAGAGCGUGCUUGGUUUCUAUGCAAUUAGGAACAACUUCCAAUUCAGAGUUAAAAAAUCAUGUGCAAGAACAUACAAGAUUUGUUGUUUGGAUCCAAAAUGCAAGUGGGCACUAACAGCAUCCAGAAACGGGCCAACAAAGUCAUUCAUCAUUCGAAAGUACGACAGAAAGGUGAUACACACUUGUGAUCUAAACAUCCUUUUUCUCGUUGUGGAUCUCGUAAAACAACAACUCAUGGCAAUGGUUUUUCACAAAAGUGAGAGAAACAUAUGGGAUUAG